GGCGGCUAGGAACGAUCUUCUCUUGGGCAAAGAGGGUAUUUCCCACUUCAUGAAGACCCAGAAUCCCGCAUUCACUUCCCCCACCCCUUCCACUGCGACGCUGAAAUGGCCAGAAAGAGCUCCCAGAAGAGAGCCGCUGAAUCAAGCAAAUCUGGGACAGAGCCCCGGGCUCUUCCGGCUACGCAUGCUCCUCGGCCUGAGCAGGCGCCCUUGAGCAACCUGACAUCGCCCGACACCCCUAUAUCGUCGUACAUACCGAGCGGUCACCACGAUGAUGUGGUCCUCCCGAUGGGGAAGUACUACCCUUCCAACUGGGAGAAAAGGCACGGGAAGACACCGCAGAAAAGCCGACCGCCGGCAACGACGCAGCCUGCGGCGCCAGCGAUUCGUUCCGAGCCUCAGGUGCCCAAACACCCGCUGGGAGACCAAGCGCACCAUCACCGACUCGACUCCGAUGUCAAGCGACAGCUGCAGCAGUACCAGAGAGACAUGGUCGCGCAGGCCUCCAUGGCCGCCAGCGCCCUUCUAACCAGCAGCGGCUCGGCCAGUUCAUCAGGCGCCUCGUCCCCGAGUGGGCUUCCCCCGUCACUACCACGGGGACAGUUCGCCGCCACUUUCCUCAAGACGCACAGGCCGCUCUCGCCGCGACUGCAGCCCGUCGGAAGUCCCGGCCCUGUCACGCCCAUGUCGCUUGAAUCGGAUUGCUAUCUCGGUCUCGGCUCACCGGCGGGCGGCGCCGCCAUGGAUGCCUCCGAGUUCUCAGGCAAAGGGAAACGGCGCGAGAGAGACUCUGGCUCGUCGCCCACCGUCGAAUUGAGCGUCGCUUCGAUUUGAAGGAGGUAUCUGGACACCAUGUUGUGCCAACGGCAAGACGGCCUUCUCUUAUGUCUCUCCGAAUUUCUUUUGAUACCCCAGCCUCCAUAUAGACGGCGACGGAACAUGGGUACAUGGGUGAUACCUCCCAGGCAUGACUAAGGCGCGGCGUUUUCUGUGUUAUGCUUUUGAGCGAUGUAGCGAGGGCCUGGUUUUGAUUAGCCUUUCACUGUUUCUUUUGUGACUGCUAGCGAGAUUGACUGAGUUGAGAGUGUGCUAAGACCGCUCCCUCGGCAAUAUUCAUACAGCCUUGGCGAGUAUCGCAACCAGAAGAAGUAGACCAAUGAUGACAGAUGAGUCCAGCGGAUUCUCGACAACACCGGCAGGGUCAGCGGUCUCUGGAUAGGACAGAAUUUGACGAUCUACACCAAAUCAACCUGUGAUUCCACUACUGCAGCCUCUUAAACAAUAAACACCCGCAAGGACCAUGAGAUUAACAUAGUCACAAUACCCCUCAAGCUGUUUUCCCGUUCCCUUGACAUUCUAUGACAUCCCCCCC